UAGACAGCGAGGCGACAGAAGGAGAAAAAACAGCUGGAUCCAAGAGGCUCUGCUGCUAGCGGCUCUGCUAGCUCCUCCACCCGCCGAAGAGGCGCUCCGUGCUCGGCUGCCUGACCUCCGUAAGCUGGUGUGAGGCUGAUGAUGCGGCGUGAUGAUGGAGGCUCCUGAAUACCUGGACCUGGACGAGAUCGACUUCUCUGAUGAUUCAGCGUAUUCUGUGACGUCUCUGAAGAGCAUCCCAGAGUUAUCGAGGAGGAGCGAUGGCCCGGCCGAGGAGAGACCAGCUCCUGCCAUCAACUGGAGCCGUGGCGUCUCCUCCCAUGGCGGUGGGGGAAUCAAACCUACGGGUCUGUCUGAGGUUCACAGUAAGUUCCGUCCGGUGAAGCGUGUCUCUCCUCUCAAACACCAGCCGGAGACCAACGACUCCGACUCUGACUCUGCUAAGGUCCAGGGUCCGGGUCCGGGCGAGCCGGGGGAGGCCGGGAAAGAUGACCCCGGCUCUGACAAACAGACUCACGCCUCCUCCUCCUCCUCUGCUUCUGAGGGGCCGGGUGGAAAGGCCAAGGGAGUAGGAGGAGGUGGCGGCGGGGGGACCAACCCCCAGGCUCUGUUCGGGGAGCUGGAGCACUACGACCUGGACAUGGACGAGAUCCUGGACGUGCCUUACAUCAAGUCCAGCCAGCAGAUGUCCACGCUGCCCCGCGUCCCGCACGACAAGCGCUCGGUGACGGGCAGCAACCUGGGCGGAGGCACGCUGGAGAGGAGCAGAGGAGGAGGGCUGAAGGGCGCCGCGCUGCCCCACGGAGAGCCUCACAGCCUGGGCAGCAGCAGCAGCUCACAGACCCCGUACUGCGUCCUGUCUCCGGUGAAGUGGUCCGACCUCAGGAAGUCCAAGUCGAUGGAUCCAGACCUGCACCACCUGCACCGCUCCCCGGCCGGAGGAGGCUACCAGUCAGAGCUGCUCUCCUCCUCCGGACUCCUCAGCUGCUCCUCGUCCCUCUCCUCCUUCUCUGACGCAGACAAGCUGCUGUCAGCGAGGGUCUACCCCGACUCUCAGAGCCAGCGGCCGGGCCUGGAGCCUCCCGGGGGCCCCGCCAUGAUGUUCCCCCUGCCAGGGGCCAGCACGGGCAGGCAGGACGGCUCCAAGACCUGGGCCCCAGGAGGAGGAGGAGGAGGAGGGCCCAGGGGGUUCGGAGGAGGAGCAGGAGGAGGAGCAGGAGGGGAGGUGGACGAGGAGACUAAGAAGAACCAGAACAUCAUCAACAUUGUCAGAGAGGGACAGAUCUCCCUACUGCCUCACCUGGCAGCAGAUAACCUGGAGCUGAUCCGUGACGAGGAGCGUAACAACCUGCUGCACAUCUCAGCCUGUCAGGGUCACGCUGACUGUCUGCAGCACCUCACCUCCCUGAUGGGGGAGGACGGCCUCAACGAGAGGAACAACCAGCAGCUCACACCGGCAGGUCUGGGGGUCAAGAACGGUCACCUGGAGUGUGUGCGGUGGAUGGUGAGUGAGACGGAGGCCAUCGCUGAGCUGAGCUGCACCAGAGAACAUCCCAGUCUGAUCCACUACGCUGCACGAUACGGACAGGAGAAGGUGUUGCUGUGGCUGCUUCAGUUCAUGCAGGAACAGGCGAUCUCUCUGGACGAAGUGGACCAGAACGGGAACACGGCGGUCCACGUGGCGGCUCAGUACGGACACCUCACCUGCAUCCAGACUCUGGUGGAGUACGGCUCUAACGUGACGGUCCAGAACCAGCAGGGUGAGCGUCCCUCUCAGAGUGCUGAGCGUCAGGGUCACACCACCUGCGCCCGCUACCUGGUUGUCGUGGAAACCUGCAUGUCUCUGGCCUCGCAGGUGGUCAAACUCACCAAACAGCUCAAUGAACAGGCAGCAGAGAGGAUCACUCUGCAGAAACAGCUGCAGAGGCUGAUGGAGCCCAACAAGGGGGAGGGCACGCCUUCCAGGUCACCCAGCUCCCAUCAGCCCUCUGUGGAGGCGUGGCCUGAGAUGCUGCUGACGGCGGAGGGGACUCCAGGAGACGGCUGGUUGGUGCGUCAGGGAGGGGUGGGGCCUAACCCGGUGCUGCGCCAGCUGCUGGGGAAGGACGCGUCAGACUCGCUGUGUCCCCGGGACAGGCUGCCCCCGGCGGGCGGCCCCGGGGCCACGGGGCCCCGCCGGCCGGGGCUGGUGGAGCGGCGGGAGCUCAAACUGGCCAGACUCAAACAGAUCAUGCAGCGGUCUCUGAGCGAGUCGGACUCGGACGGUUACCCGCCGGAGGAAGGGAAGAGUCAGCCCGGCACGCUGCGCCCUGAUAGGCCGUCCCACCUGCCAAUCACAGAGGAGGAGCCGGCGUCCAAUCACCUGAACCUGAUGAUGAAGAAGCACCUCCCAUCCUCCGCCUCCGCCUCCACCGCCGACAGGAAGCUGGCGUUCUCUCUCAGCGGCUCCAAGUCGGCGGACAGCGUCGGCUACAACCCGUCGCCGACCUCCAGCGACCCCGAGGCCGCCGACGGGAAAACACCCGACGACCACGACGCCGCCAACGGCCAGAAGGUCGCCACCAGCCCCAAGAGCGCCCUGAAGUCGCCCUCGUCCCGCCGGAAGACGUCCCAGAACCUGAAGCUCAGGGUCACCUUCGACGAGCAGGUGCACAAGAGCGCCACCACCACGCAGGAGACGGAGCACGCCAAAGGGCAUCAUGGGAAGGAGAGGACUCCCACAGGAAGCUCCGAGGGGAAGCGUCCGUUCGGGGCGUUCCGCUCCAUCAUGGAGACGCUGAGCGGGAACACAAACCACAACAACAACAACAACAACAGUCAGUCGGGCGCCGCCUGUCAGAACUCUCCGGCCAGGAAGUCAGAGAGUAAAGGCAGCCCGGCGGGAGGGGGCGGGGCUAAAGGAAAGAGCAGAACCAGUAACGUUUAACCACGAGUGCCAACUGACCAAUCAGCAAACACAGUCAGGCAGAAACAUGAGAAACUACAACUUCAACGAUUCACACAUUAUUUAUCAUGUGACAUCAUGAAAAUAUAAAUAAAAUAUCUACCAUCCAUCAACGUCCAGGAAUCCACUUAGAAAUCAUAUUAGAAAUACCUCUAAUGUAAACAAAUACAAGUUAAAAACAGUGUUUAGACGUAUCCACACUUACUGCAGUAACUACAUUUUUGGUUGAAACUAAAAAUGAACUCUCUGAUGUCUGUUUUACCUUGUGACAAAGUUUUAGAUUUUAAUUUUGCUUUAUUUCAAAGAAAUAAUUAUAUAAAAAUUGCAGUAACUACAAAAUCCAACUCAAAACCAAAGCAGUUCACUUACCACAGUCUGCUUUGGAUAUAUUUACAAAUUUUAAUAUAAAACUAAAGUAGAUGGUCUGCUUUGACUGUGAUCCAGUGUAGACUUGUUUUUCUCCAUUGUGUUGAAUAGUAAAGACAAGAAUAAUAGAAAUUAUAAGUUUAUUUGAUAGAGAAAUUAUUACCUAGAUAGUGAUCAAGUAAAAAAGUGAGAUAAAAUUAUAUAAAGACUAAAAUAUAACAUUACUUUAUAAUAUUAAGUCUAAAAUAAACAAAUCUUUGAAUAGAGUUGUUAAACACCUUCAAACACACUUAUAACAAAAUCAAUUUGAAAAUGUUUAUCGACUGAAUACAAAAUAUAAAAGCUGAAAGAAGACAACAACAUCAUAGUUACUGCACUCUGUUUCUGCAUUACUAUAAGAAGCUUUUACAGCAAAACCAGAUUGCAGGAACUACAUUUUUGGGGUCAAAGGUCAAAUAAAUCAUCAUGAUUUUUGAGCGUAAAAAUUACAUCAUCAAUACAUGUAGAAAUAAGUGUCAACAAACUUUGAAGCGGUUUUAAGGCGAUUUUACUCUCCAGUUGAAACCACCAACACUGUUAUAUCUGGUGGAUAUGAAAGGUUUGUUUUCUUUUUAAAAAUCGCCAAAAGUCCAGUGUUAAUUGUAGGAGGAGACUGUAAAAACGAGCGUUAUCGUCAGAGUUUGAACUUUGAUUUUGUAUCGUAUAUCAUAAAAAAAAUUACACAAAUAGAUUCUCACAGAUACACAACUCGCAGCUCUAAACGAACAUUAACAACAUCCACAUUGCGUCCUAUUUCAGGGAGUGAAACGCCUCUUUAUCACAUCAUUCUGCACCGGUGCAUUCUGGCUUUCUGAGCUGCAUUUUAAAAAUCAAGGCGUUAUUAUAAAGAAUCAUCUGCAGCUUAAAGCACAAGGAGCGACCAGGCGUCUUCAUUCACAUGAGCUGUGAGAUAACCAGGAGGUUUUUUACAACGGCUUAUUAGGGCCAAGUAUGAAAAAAUAAAUGGGAGGGGAUAGUAUUUCGAGAAAAAAAUGGCAAAUGUAAGAUAAAAAAGUAGCAGAUUAAUGCCAUUAAAGUGGCAAAUCUCAGGAAAAAGUAGCAGAUUCAUGAAUUUAAAGUGGCAAAUCUCAGAAAAAAGUAGCAGAUUCAUGAGAUUAAAGUGGCAAAUCGAAGAGAAAAAUGUAGCAGAUUUAUGAGAUUAAAGUGGCAAAUCGAAGAGAAAAAAGUAGCAGAUUCAUGAAUUUAAAGGGGCAAAUCUCAGAGAAAAAAGUAGCAGAUUUAUGAGAUUAAAAGUGGCAAAUCUACAAGAAAAAAGUAGCAGAUUUAUAAUAAACGUGGCAAAUCUAAAAUAAAGUAGCAGAUUGAGAUUAGUGGCAAAUCUACGAGAAAAAAGUUUAAUAUUAAUGAGAUUUAAAGAGGCAAAUCUAGGAGAAAAAAGUAUAAUAUUAAUGAGAUUUAAAGAGGCAAAUCUAGGAGAAAAAGGUUGCAGAUUUUUGAAAAAAAAAGUGGCAAAUCUACGAGAAAAAAGUAGAAUAUUAAUGAGAUUUAAAGUGGCAAAUCUGUAAGAAAAAUGUUGCAGAUUUACGAGAUUAAAAGUGGCAAAUCUAGUGACAAAAAAGUCUUAAGUAAAGAUUCACUCACUUGGUUUUCUUGAGGUUAAAACUGUUAAAAAAGCAAGCAAACAGACAGAGUUACGUUUAUUCAGUCAAACUUUAAUUGCAGAGGCCGGUUUAGUUUCUGACAUUAUUUCCUCACAAAGUUUCUCAUGUUUCUGCCUCAUGUUUGACUUCUGAUGUUUGUUUUUUACAGUUAAACGACUGAAAUACAGAAACUGUGUUAAUGUUCAGAUUCAUCACUAACAGGAAGAAUCAUGAUUCUGAACUGACUGAAGGAGUUUUAAUGCGUUUUAAUCAGCAGAAACUCACAUCUCAAUAACUUUUCAUACAUUUUUUAUAGUUUUGUUACAUUUAAUCAGAUCACAAAGUUUCUGUUCCUGAACCACACUACAAAUGAAGUAUUAAUAUUUAUGUUUAUGCACACAGUUAUUUGAUUUUAAAUGUUAAAAUGUGGUUAUAAUAAUCAUGCACGUUAACGUUAAUGUGCACCAGCACAACAGAUAGUUUAAAACCACUGUAUAUAUAUAUAUUAGUAUUUAAUUUGUUUGUUUCUUUUGCAUCAUGUUCCACAUGUUGUUUCUGUUCCUGUUUAUGAUCUUGGCAGUAUUUUUGGCAUGAAGUAGUUUAGUUGUGUGACGUGUUGCAGAUUCUGCAGCGUGGAAACUUUCACAGAGUUUAAAGUUUCUCUGCAGCUUUUACAAACUGAAUCAGAGCUGAAAGUAUCAGACUGAGGCUGGGAUCUGAAGCUCUCAUUAGCUCUCAGUACUGUAACUGAGAAUAUAACGGCAAAAUACACCAGAAAAUAAAUAGUAUUAUAAGGUUAUAACAAAGAAAUAUGAUGCAGAUUACUGUGGAAAUGACUCUUUGAGCACUCAGAAACAAAGAAAACAGAAAGAUUUUCUUUUUACAAGUUUGAGGCAAUAAUUAAGGAAUAUAAUUAUGUAAAAAAGAAAAAAACAGUUUUAAAGAUAACAGGAAUUUAAUGAGAGAAGUGAGGAAUCCUCUCCAGUUACAGAAGUAACUCGACAUUAUUAAAACCCCACAAAAACGUCAAGAAAGGAAAUAAUUUUACACUUAUUUUUUGGUUUUACUUUUUUUUUUUUUUUUUAUGAUUUCUUUUUUUAAAUAUUUUUAUAUUCAAUCUCAAGUUUUACUGUAAGGAAAACAGUUAAUCUGCCCUCAGAAAAAAGUAGAAUUACCAGAAAAAAAAGUCAAAAUCACAACAAAAAAUUUAGAGAUUGUGUGUCAGGAUAUCGUGUCAGGAAGUUGUGGAAGUUCAGCUUUUUUUAUGUUUCAUUCAGAAAACUUCAGAGCAGAAAGUUAAUAAAUAAAUACAUUUCUGCACAUUUAAUGGUGAAUCCAGACAGUAAAGUCUCAGCAGCUCCACCAAGAGGCAGCAGAGAGAAUUACACCUCACAGUUCACCAGGAUCAGACAGAACAAACGUCUAAACUUCACUUGUUUGGGAUUAAACUAAUGUUUGUUCCUGCUGGUGAUGUUGGAGGAAAGAGUUCACUAGGAAACAAACAGGAAAGUUCUCUUCACUUUGAAGUCUUUCAGUGUUUCUGUCGCAGUCUUUAAUGGAAAACUGUUGAAAAAGUGCUUUAAAGAAUCAUUCGCGUCGUCUGUUUCAUUUCUGUUCAGUUUCUUACAGCCACUAAAGAAACAAAAUCUCUCAAAACUCAGGUUCCAGCCUCUGGUUUGUAUCUCAGCUCUGUUAGAAACUGGAUCACGUCGUCAGAAAGUGUUUGUGGUUCUGAUCCUCAGACUUCAGAGUUCUUCUGUCACAUUCCUGAAUAUUUCUGUGGUUUGAGUUUUCAGAGACGUUCUGCUGUUUACAGAAAUCUUUGUGUUUUUACAGUUUACCAUGUUCAGGUUUACACUCUCUCUCUCUCUCUCUGGAUGGUGUAGACGUCCUGAGGCAGUGGAGUCUGAUUACUGACCUGCAGCAGUCUGAAAAAUGAAUAAUAAAAGCAGAUAUGAACUUGGUUUUUAAUGUGAGUUUAAUUCUCAACUAACUUGUUAAAAUAACAGAAAACUUUCUAUAUUUUCCGUUAUAGAUUUAUUUAUUUCCGAGUUUUUUCAGGAGAUUUUAGUUAGUUUUUUCAGGAUGUUUUCUGGACUCCUCUGCCUCAGAUAAUCACCUGUGAUCUCUGUCUGAUUGAUUUAAAUGCAGUUUUUUUUUUUUAUUUGAAGUGUCUUCAUGGUUUGAAGGAUGAAGGAAAAGAACACGGCAACAAACUGAACUCUUCCUCUUUUUUAACAAGAAAAACUCUUCAGAAGAAAACAGAAAAAGACUGUUGAGGAGAUUUUUCCGCCAGACGGACCGACGGCUGCUCUGAUUGACUCAAAUCAACUUUUAAACUUCAUGAUCGCAGCAAUAUUUCAUAAAUAUUCCAAUCAGUAUUUCUUCUUUCGCAAUCACAGAUCUGUUUUGUAAAUAAUUUCUGAUGAUUUUUCUUAUUUGAAAUUAAAGCACCGAGCAGCAGCAGGUGUUUCGUUCA